CCGGCUCGUUCGCCGUAACAACGACCAACCUUGGCUUUCGUUUCUGCACUCGAAGCUGGCAUGAGGCAGGCAUUAUCACCAUGGCUUCUCCAACACCCGAGACAAAUGGGAAGAUCAAGGAGAUCUUCUACGGCUACAUGUAUGAUGAUCCGAAACCAGACGAGAUCCCGAUACCAAAACCAAAACCGUUGCUUGACGCCCUUCUGAGAGCUCUUGCUCUGCACAUUAUUAAUGACAUUGGAGAUAAAGAUGAGAAGCAUUUAGCUCCUGCUAAGAUGGCGGCUUUUUACAAGCUGGCAGGUCAUGACUACGAUAGACUUUUUGUAAACAUGCCACCUCAGUCUAUCUCGUUCAUCUACCAAGUUCAAGGAUGCCAACAUUUACUUUUGCCCACCGAGGACGACUUUGCGGCCCCUUCGAUUCCGGCACUUACGGUUAAAGGCUUUGCGCGGUGGCAGGCCAUUCAGAUUCUGCUAGAGCCACAAACUCAUGUGCCGAUCGUUCAAUUUGCGGUCAAGAAUUGGUCUCUGAAGCAUCCUGAAUUUGGAACGGUGUUUCCGGAUGACUUGCCGGCCACAGUUUUUCCCGUUGAUACCGAUCAAGACACCGACCUGUGGCACCAAAGUUGUGCGACGAAACUUCGCGCCGAGGCGACCACCAGAGAGGAACCGAAGGAAGAGAGAGAAGCGCCUGGGGUAGACCCUAAAGCGGAUGACUUCUCCGAUGCAAAGGUUCCAUUUUCACACGUCCGGCCCAAGGCGUCCGGAUCGCAGGAUUAUGAUUACUUCAACAAACGCUCCGGCCCUGUUCCCGUCUCUUACGUCCGUCCUCCUGAACGAACAGAUCGAUACGAUCCUCGAAGAUCUCCUGAACGGCCUAGGGAACCAGAGCGUGAAAGGACCAGUGAUAUCGACCCAGAUCCUCUCGAUCAUGUUGGCCGAGGCCGCUAUGCCCCGCCACGGAAGGUCUUCCCGUCUGAGGAAGAGCGUACGAGCCGACGCCCCAGCUUCACUGACUACCCGCACAUCAUCCCCCAGGAGACUCAAUCAAUGCAGAUCCCACUUCGCACCGAUCGAAUUUCGGUUCCUCGCCGCCUCAGCCAACCCCGUCACUACACCAGCCCUUCCUCGUCAGAUGCAGAAGUCGAACCAGCAACGUCGAGAUCAGGAAGACGCCACCACAGCCGAAGCAGUCGAGAUUCUCGAGAGCCGCCUCCCGUAUCAACCCGUCGCGUCUUCAACUCCGACGGCGUACCCUCUUCUCGAGCGGCGGCCAUGGGCGGGCGCAGCAUCUCACCACGAUCCCACAGCUACUCGCGCAGGGAACCCCCGAUCGCGGUAGUCCCGGCGACUACCUCUUCACUAAGGGCGGACGACUCCAAGCGGAAGGGCAUAGGCUCCGGUAUCAAAGACAAGAUUUCCAACCUUUUCCCAGGCGUUUCCAUUGUCGGUGACGAUCGACGAAGCCGAUCUAGGGGCCAGAAAGAUGACCGAGUUACUGGACCUGACAGAGCCGUGAGGGAGCUAUACCGCGACUCCAGACGUAAAUCUUAUUCCGACGAUGAAUCGGAUCUCACCGAGUCAGAGACCGAUGUCGACCGGCGGCGUAGGGCAAAGAGGAGCAAGGAGAGCAGGAUUUUGGACCAAAGGGACAUCGACAGAGAGAGGGAGAGAGAUAUCCGGAUCAAGUCUCGCGACCGCGACCGAGAAAGAGACAGGGACAGGGACCGUGACCACGACCGAGAUCGGGUUCGAGACCGAAGCACCAGAGACAGAGACAGAGACAGAGAUCGCUACCGCGACCUAGACAGCGACGAGCUUGAACCUACUUCACGCAGGGACCGGGACCGAGAAAGAAGCCGUGGCAUCUCCACCGGCACCCUCCGCCGAGACCGCGAGCACCGCGAACGGCACACGGACCGCGACGACGAAGACGACGGCCUCGACCUGUCACACUCACCGCACAGCAGCCGUAGCGGCGGCCGGGCCCCAGGGGCACGAACAGCCAACGGUCCAUAUCUAGCACAGGCCGACCUCGACAGGCGGACAGGUAGUCGGGCGGAUAUUGAUAGGCGGGAUUGGACGGGUGGUAGCGGCGGGUCGAUGCUCGGUGGUAGAGUAGACACCCAGGAUCGGUAUAGAGAUUCUAGAGAUAGGGAACGCGAUAGGGAUAGGGAGGGAAGGUGGGGGUCGAGAGAUGAGAUGCGCUCGAGGGAACGGCCGUUGCAUAGGGAGAGGCUGUCUAGCCCGUCUUAUAGGUGAUGGGCGAGACCUAGGAGUGAAGCUUCAUAUCAACUCUGGCCUAUAAGUGGGAGGGGAUUGGGUCGUUGGUUUUCCCGGUAUACAAAAUGUGGUGGAUUUUUGGAUACAUGGUGUGGGAUUUUAGGAUACGUGGAUGUCUUGGAGAUGUAAUAAUGGGAUAAACGGGGUCCUCAGCUGGAAGGAUAGGUAUCGAUGAUGUGUGAAUGGGAAAUGCCUACAUGGCUGACGGAGCGUUUACUGCCUACCUACUCUGAUUGCUGGGGUGUUUGGAAGAUUCAUGUGUUUUCUUCUGUUCAGUUAAGCGAGUCAACAAAAUGUAUACCUCGAUGAUGUUAUUAAUGCGAAAGAUAUGAUACUU